AUGCUACAGAGGUGGAGAGUGCUGAUAGUCUAUCCCCUGCCACUAAGCAUGCUAGCAAUGAUUUCCACAACAGUGGCAGAAUCUACCAUAUCUUCCUCCACAACUGAGGAAACAGCUCAGGAUGACUCCAACAAGAUUGAUGACAUCAUAAGCAUGCUAAAAACCAACAUUCUCACAUUCUAUGGCACCACAGUGCAACUCACUUCUUGUGCUGAAUUUUUCCAAGGUGGUUUUUCUGGCAACAUCACAGUCAUGAAAGACAGCAGUGAUGAAACCAUGGAACUGCUUAUCAGUGGCAUCUUUCAAGUUGAUUGUCAAAACUUUUCCAUGGGGCCUGAGGGAGCAUACAUGCCAUCAGCUGCUUUCAAGUGGGAGUUUUUGGAAACCAAACUUAGCUGUCAACUUAUUGCUGUUCAGAGAGACACUGCCUUUAAGACAGCUUGUGCAGAUUUCCCUGUGAUUGUGGGGAAUGUCAGGACUCUCAAAAGACUAAUCCCUCCAAGAAGGGGAUGA